AUGGUCGCCCUUUCGGCAUAUCUAAUUUUUCCAUUUCUGGUUGCUGAUGCAGUCUGUGCUGGGAAUGCGACGGCAAGACUACGUGUCGACCUGAUCUCAGCCACUUUCAUUUCGGGCGGCGUAGCCACCUUUAUACAAAGCACCUUCGGUUUGCGACUAGCCAUCCUGCACGGCGCUUCACUCGCUUUCCUUGCUCCAAUACAGACAUAUCAAGUCUCACUUGGCGAGUGUACAGCUGGGGAUGAUACCUAUGUACCGGAGGAGGAAUGGCAUGUUAAAUUAGCGACGCUUUCCGGGAGUCUAAUGACCGCCUGCUGUGUGUUCGUCCUUAUCGGAGCCACAGGAGCUGUCGGAUGGUUUGCCCGGCAUGUCGGACCGAUUACGAUAGUACCCCUCCUCACCCUGAUUGCCAUCUCUACAGUACCGACAAUCGAGCAAAAACUCAGUUCACAUUAUAUGGCCAUAGUAGAGCUGGUCUUGUUGAUCAUCUUUGUCGUGUUCCUCGAGGACUUCCAGGUCCCGAUCCCGUAUUUUUCCUGGGAGAAGCGAAAGAAAGCGAUAGCCAGAGCACCUGUAUUCGGACAAUUUCCGUACUUGAUAUCUCUUGGAAUCGCCUGGCUGAUUUGCUAUAUCCUCUCUUCAGCCGCUGUCAUCAGUGAUGACUCACCGGCUUCGACGAAAAGAAACGAAACCCACGGACUGAUUGCCAACGCGCCAUGGGUCAAGGUGCCGUACCCAGGAGAGUACGGUGGAUUCCGCGUGAACACAGCAGUGUGCCUGGGAUUUGUGGCCGCGGUCUUGUCAUCAGUUAUCGAGAAUGUGGCAUCUCGCGUCACAGUCCAAUUGGCUGGUGUGUUGUCAGUGGCGCUGGGGCUUUUCACGAAGUCGGCGGCGAUACUUGCCUGCAUUCCGGAUCCGUUGAUCGGUUCCAUUUUAUGUCUAGGGAUGAGUAUGAUAGCUGGCGUAGCCCUGUCAAAUUUAAAGGUAGUCAACCUCUCGCAAACUCGUAAUUUGGCCAUUAUGGGGUUGGCCUUGUUGCUCGGGCUGGUCAUCCCCUCUCACUUCACCAAAAGCCCAAUCAAGACUGGCAACGAUACCUGGGAUGAGGUGCUGAACAUGUUGCUGACAAUCCAGAUGCUGAUCGGUGGACUAUUCGCCUUCUUGAUGGACAUCAUGGUGCCAGGUGCUAGCCGGAAAGAUCGUGGGCUAGCUGAUGAUGACGAUCAGGAAGGAGCGGAAUUCCCCCUUGAUGGAUUUGCACUACCCGAUUGGGUGGAUAGAGAACUAGUACUGCUGGUUGUGUUCGUCGUUUUUCUUGAGCAUGUCCAGGUUCCGAUCCCAUACUACUCCUUGGGAAAGCGAAGGAUGGCUGUCGCCAGGACGCCACUGUUUGGACAAUUCCCGGUGGCAUCUCGCGUCACCGUCCAAUUGGCUGGUGUGUUGUCAGUGGCGCUGGGGCUUUUUACGAAGUUGGCGGCAAUACUUGCCUGCAUUCCGGAUCCGUUGAUCGGCUCGAUUUUGUGUCUAGGGAUGAGUAUGAUAGCUGGUGUGGCGCUAUCAAAUCUAAAGGUAGUCAACCUCUCCCAAACCCGUAACCUGGCCAUUAUGGGUCUGGCCUUGUUGCUGGGGUUGGUCGUCCCCUCGCACUUCACAAAGAGCCCAAUCCGGACCGGUAGCGACACCUGGGAUGAGGUGUUGAACAUGUUGCUCAGGAUUCAGAUGCUGAUCGGCGGGUUGUUCGCAUUUUUGAUGGACAAUAUGGUGCCAGGUGCCAGCCGAAAAGAUCGCGGGCUAGCUGGUGAAGAGGAAGAAGCCGAAUUCCCGCUAGAUGGAUUUGCACUACCCGAUUGGGUGGAUAGUGGUCUAGACAAACUGCCCAUACUUCGGCGACUACCCUUUCUUACCCUCAAAAAGUCAUCGAGCUCCGGCCAAAACAGCAGCCUAUGCAUU